UGUGAUUGUUGAUGGUGUCAAAUACUGACAUAUUACAGUUCAUCGAAGCCGGGAUACAACAUCAACAAACUUUUAUCAAAAGUUUUAUUAAAAGAUAACAAAAUGGAUCAAUUGCAUUCAGCGUUAAAUUCAUUGAAGUUACUUCGAACAAAUGUUGGUCAAAUCUUUGAAUCGCUCGGUGGUGGAAUUCGUAUUGAACACGGAGAAGAACAUGGUGACAAUAAAUUUUUGCACGAACUUCAAGAGCUUCUAACAACAACAAAUGGUUAUUUGAGGGACUUGGAAUCGACGGUAAACAGUCUUAGCACACCACCAGCGCCGCUUACACUUGGAAAUACUUCAUUUUUGGUCCAAGAACUGUCACAAGACCGGCAAGCACUCUAUUCACAAUUGGUCAACAGCUACAAAUGGAUCGACAAGGUUCAUGAUUAUGGUACGAUAGCUGCAACCGUUUUACACGCAAAUUCACUGAAGCGAUCUUAUAAUAGCAACUCAAACAAACGUCGACGACCCUUGGGCUCUUGUCAUAACAUACCACCGUCACAUUUCGACAGUGUUUUGACCAACAUUGAGCGGUCAUUUAACGACAUGACCAUAAAUAUAACGCGGCCACAUGCUACAAAUGCCAUAGUUCAUAUAACAUUGGGUCAUGUGCUGAAAGCAGUUCUUAUCUUCAAAGGAAUUAUGAUCGAAUGGGUUACGGUGAAAGGUUAUGAUGAAACAUUUGAUGAUGAUUUAUGGGCAGAAUCAAGACAUCAAGUCUUCCGUAAAGUUCAAGAUCACACACAUUCGGCAAUGCUUCAUUUCUACAGCCCAACGUUGCCGGAUUUAGCAGUGAAAUUCUUCAUGGCAUGGUUAAAUAGUUACCUCAAGCUCUUCAGUGAGCCAUGCAAAAAAUGUGGAAAUUAUUUGCUGAACUCAUAUCCACCAACUUGGCGUGAUUUCCGUUUAUUGGAACCGUUCCACGAAGAAUGCAAAUGAAAUAUUUCAUUAUUUUCAAUUUCAAAGUUGAGUCCAUAAAUAAAGUAUAAGAGUUUUGAAUAAAAUUGAAUUGCAAUUGAA